UGGUUUGGGAGAGAUCCUUCUUAUUCCCAUUUGAAGGUGUUUGGAUGCAAGGCCUUCAUGCAUGUGCCGAAGGAACAGAGAUUGAAGCUUGACUUCAAGACUUCUCCUUGUGUGUUUGUUGGAUAUGGUGAUGAAGAGUUUGGUUACAGGCUUUAUGAUCCAGCAAAGAAAAGAGUCGUGAGGAGUAGAGAUGUUGUAUUUUACGAGCACGAGAUGGGUUUUCAUCUCUUAGGUGCUGGUAAUACUUAUUAUCCUGAUAUAUCUCAUGGUGCUAUUGAUAUGUCUCAUGUUUUUGUUCCAGAUGUUCAACAAACAGGUGAUGCUCCCGAUGAUGGUCAUGAAAAUACUCAUGAACAUGACCGUAUUGAAGAGGUACAACCAGAGAUUGUGCCACAACCUGAUGAUGAAGCUGUUGAAACAGAAAGUGGAGAGUCUUCUAAUCAGGGGGAGCAAAACAGCCCACAGGUGGAAGAGCCAAUAUUGAGAAGGUCAACCCGAGUUCGACAACCUUCAAGACUUUAUCCAAGUUCAGAAUAUAUCCUACUCACUGAUGAGGGGGAGCCUGAAAGCCUUAAAGAG